AUGGCGGACCCACCCACGGGAGGGCCCGGGCCCUCCCCCACAAACACCCAAAUAGGGACACAGCUUUUCACUCUGGAUGACUUUGAACCGGUUGUGCCUCGAAAGAGAAGAAGCCCUCGCAAUAGAGAUGAGGCCACCACCACCGGUUACUUAAACCCCGAGUUUGGAGACACCGGCGACAAUAACGGACGGGUGACGACCAAGGAGGUCCGACAGCUCAUCAACAGCCUGAAGGAGAUCAUCAACAACCAAACCACGCUCAUCGAAUCCACCAAGACCGAGCUCCUAGAAGUGAAACACGACCAGAACUUCAUCCGAGAACAGAAUGAAAAGCUCCAUGAGGAAAUCAGAGCACUGCGAGCACAAAUCGAAGCCAGGCCUCAGGCCCUGCCGCCUAGUACGUGGGCCGCAGUAGCAGCCAACGACACCAGCGAAACCCCCCAACCGAGCCACCAACGACCUGAAAAGGAACGGAGCUGCGUCCGUAUCAGUACUCAGAGGACUUUUGUGGACCCGCGAGACAACGAAAGUGGUGACGACAACUCCUUCAGCCGAUACCUCCCUACCGAGACCGCCAACACCCGUAUCCGCACCGCGCUCCUGAACGCACCAUCGACACAAGACGCCCAAGUAGCAGGGAUUGGGACCACCAAGACCGGCUAUGUGAUAAGAUUUAAGGACACAGAGUCGGCCGAAACGGCGCGCAACAACACUGAAUGGUUGAACGAACUAGGGAACAACACCAGGCUGGUGAAGCCGCGUUUUGGAGUUGUGGUGCACCGUACUCCGACCGAGGACUUCGACCUGGAAAAUGCUACUGCGGAUGCUAUCGAGAAAAUCAUGGAAGAGAAUGAUUUGACGGGACAUGGCUACCGGGUCGAGGAGGUGGCCUGGUUGAAGCGAAAGGAUAAGAUACUGGGGAAGUUCGCAUCGCUCGGUAUCUGGUUGGACUCUGCGGAAGGAGCCGAGCACAUCCUCAACAAUGGCCUUCUGGUCGGCCAACGAUACAUCGGUAGCGUGGAACGCCGCGAGAUCAAGAAAAAGAGAUGCUUCCGAUGUCAACGGUUUGGUCACCUAGCGUGGUCAUGCAAAGAAACACCGCGCUAUGGUCACUGCGCCGGACAACAUGAACGCCAGCGUUGCCCACCGGGCGUCCGAGCCCGGUGCCUCGACUGUAGUGGCGAGCAUGCCACAGGAGACCGACACUGCCCGACCCCCGUAACAUUCAAUCCCCGUCAAUGUUAG